CGCAACAGAUUUGUAUGCGUGGAAGGGAUCUUAGUAACUCACUCUCAGUUUUAAUGUUGUGUUUUCCAGUAGAAAUGACUGCGGAACGCAACCUGCUGUUUGUAAUGCUCCAACGUGUUUAAAUGGGGAUAUCUAGCCUUUGAAGAAUGCGCUGAAAUUAGCCUAAUGACUGUCGUCGGGACGCGGUGGAUCGUUAAGUUCAUUAGGCGACAAUAACGGAAUCAGGACUGGCUGCGUAAAGGAGCUAUUUUGGAAUUACUUUCAGAAUCACCCAAAGGGAUUACUUCAAAGAUGGAACCUGGUAAAAUAAUCUGUCUAUUUUAUAUCCGAAUAUGGAUACUUCUCGCCGUUAUGGCACUGACCACGCAAKACGRCAAAGGUAAAACAUUAAAAUAUCAAGUUUACGAGGAACAGAAGGUGGGGACUGUUAUUGCACGGCUUAAAGAUGACGUGGCUGAUGUUUUGGUCAAACUUCCAAGUUCUGUGUCUUUGCGCUUCCGAGCCAUGCAGAGAGGAAGCACGUCUUUCCUAUCCGUGCGCGAGCAGGACGGAGAGAUCAGCAUCCGUUCCAAAAUAGACCGAGAGAAGCUAUGCGAGAAGAACCUCAACUGUUCCAUUGAAUUCGACGUUCUGACUCUUCCGACAGAACACCUGCAGCUCUUCCACGUUGAGGUGGAAGUGUUGGACAUUAAUGAUAACGCGCCCCAGUUCGCCCGCGCCGUAAUCCCCAUCGAGAUCUCCGAGAGCGCGGCAGUGGGGGCGCGCAUUCCCCUGGACAGCGCGAGUGACCCCGACGUCGGGGAGAACUGCCUCGAUACUUACUCCCUCGAGCCCAACAACUACUUCAAGAUUGACAUUCAGAGCAGAACGGACGGGGCUAAGUACUCAGAGUUGGUGGUGCUUAGGGAGCUCGACAGGGAGCUGCAGCCGGGUUAUGAACUUCAGCUGACGGCCUCCGAUAAGGGCGUUCCCCCUAAAACCGGUUCUACUCUCCUCAGAAUUACCGUGGCAGAUUCAAACGACAACAGUCCUAUUUUCGAACAGUCUUCAUAUGUGAUUCAUCUAUUGGAGAAUUCACCUGUUGGAUCUCUUCUUAUUGAUCUGAAUGCGACUGAUGCAGACGACGGAACCAACGCCAAAAUCAUCUACUCCUUUAGCAGUCACGUGUCCCCGAAAAUCGUGGAAACGUUCAAGAUCAACUCGGAUAACGGCCACCUGACGCUCAUGAAGCGCGUGGACUUUGAAAGCGCAACAUCAUAUGACAUCGUUGUCCAAGCCCAGGAUAUGGGCCCCAACUCCAUGCCAGCACACUGCACGAUCCUCAUCAAGGUAGUGGACAUAAACGACAACAAACCAGACAUCAGCAUCAAUCUCAUGUCCCAAGGGGACAGAGGCAAAGAGGACUCGGCCUAUAUCUCCGAGGCCGCUCCAUUGGAUUCCUUCGUGGCCUUAGUAAGAGUGGAGGACCUAGAUUCCGCUCUCAAUGGAGAGGUUGUGUGUAAACUCCAUGGCCAGGGGAGUUUUAAACUACAGAAGACCUACGAGAACAACUACAUGAUCCUCACUAACGUCUCGCUGGAUCGGGAGAAGAGGUCAGAGUUCAGCUUGACGGUCAUCGCCGAGGACCGCGGCACGCCCAGCCUCUCGACCAUCAAGCACUUCACCGUGCACGUGCUGGAUGAAAACGACAACGCUCCGCGCUUCCAGAAGGGACGCUAUGAGGUCUUCAGAUCAGAGAACAACGCCCCUGGCGCCUACCUGACGUCGUUAUUGGCAACCGACCCCGACCUGGACGCCAACAGCCAGGUGAGCUACUUCCUGGUGGAGAACACCAUUCACGGGAGCUCUAUCUCCACCUUUGUCACCAUCGACCCGUCCAACGGCGCUGUUUACGCCCUCCGCACGUUCGACCGCGAGGACYUCAGCCGGAUAUCCUUCGUAGUCCAGGCCAAGGACGCCGGGGAACCCUCGUUGCUGAGCAACGCCACCGUCGUCCUGACAAUCCUGGACGAAAACGACAACCCGCCGGUCAUCGUGGUUCCGCAGCUCUGGAACCUCACGGCCGACGUCCCAAUCUCCAAGUACACCGAGGCCGGUAGCCUGGUUACGGUCGUCAGGGCGACCGACCGAGACACGGGCGUCAACGCAGAACUCGCGUGUUCAAUCACUGCUGGCAACGAGGAAGGCUUCUUCUCUAUGGAUCCUAGAACGUGCGAGAUCAGCGCCAACGUUAGCCUCGACACGUUUCCCCGCGAGUUUGCGGAGCUCACCGUCCUGGUCAGUGACCACGGUUCGUCGCCCCAGACCACCAAGGCCGUCCUAAAGAUCAGCCUCUAUGAGAACARGGAGGGCCACGUGCAGGUGCUGGACCAGGGGGAGACGCCGCUCGACGCCUCCCUCAUCAUCAUCGUGUCCCUGGGGGCCAUCUGCACUCUGCUCCUAGUCAUCAUGGUCAUGUUCGCUGCCCGCUGCAACCGAGAAAAGAAGGAUACCAGGAACUCGUACAACUGCAGGCUGGCAGAGACCAACCACCUGACCCACCCUAAGAAACCGUCACGGCAGAUCCACAAGGGUGACAUCACACUUGUUCCCACGGUGAAUGGGACUCUACCAAUCAGAGCGCACCACCGCUCACCCUCGGCCACGCCCCCCAUGGACCGGGCUCCAAUGGGAAGCCGGCAGAGCCACCACAGCCACCAAUCACUGAAUAGCCUGGUGACGAUAUCGUCCAAUCAUAUCCCGGAGAGCUUCGCCCUGGAGUUGGCCCACGCUACGCCACCCGUUGAGCAAGUCUCACAGCUUCUGUCCAUGCUCCAUCAGGGCCAGUACCAGCCUAGACCCUGUUUCCGUGGCAACAAAUACUCCAGAAGCUACAGGUAAACAAAGCAUUCCCCCCAAAAUAUUUGAACGUUUUGCUCU